UCGGUACCUGCAGGAGAAGAUGCCUGGGGACCCGGGAUCUUCGCUGGAGCCUGCUGGAUCAGAUGCUCCUGCUCUUCCUACUUUGAGUCAGUCAUUCGCCAGCAAUCCAUCGACGAAGCCAUGUCCAAGAGACAACAGUAUGCGCCCACUCAUCCAACCGCGCAGAAGCUGAAUUUGCUCCUGUCCAAGUUGCUGGUGCUGCAGUCCCUCCCGUUUAAAGUGGUAGACUCUGCACCUUUCAGAGAACUGAUGGCUUGUGCCGAGUCGAGUUGGAGAGUGCCAAGCCAUCAUUUCUUUGCGAAGAAGGCAGUACCAGCCCUGCACAAUUUUGUGGAACAGAAGGUGGGCCAAUCAUUGAGCCUGUCGAUGGGUACAAAAGUGCACGGCAGCGACAUGUCCUUUAUGGCCCACUUGGUGAAUGUGGUUCCUGACCAGCCACAACAGCAACUUGGACAGGUCACGCUGAAUUGA